AUGUCUGGACGGAGCGCGAUCGCGCGCAAAAAGGUCACCGCGACCAAACAGAAACAAAAUGAGAGCACCAGUCGUCCUCGAUCUACAACCACGGUCUCCAGCAAUGAUGACCUUCUCCCCGACUUCCCGAUGCCGCCUAUGGGCACGAGCGCCUCUUACCCGAGGUAUGCCAACCAGCUGCCGCAGAUUCAAAUUGGCGAGCCAUCACCGGGAAUCCGAGGAGGCUGGAACCCGCCGGAAAGCCCAAUGAUGAGGGGGGACACGAGGCGAGACGUACACAUGAGCAAUCUGAUUACUUCAUCAGAUGCCUGGCCGCAGAGGAGAGCUACACUACCGGAGCCGAGGAUAGAAGAUGGAAGCGGCAUCGAGAGGAGCGGACUACGGACGAUUCUAGACAAGCGGAGCGACGAUUUUCGAAAAGGAUUGGCAAAGACGUUUGCCUUUCGCAAGAAGGAUAAAGAGGGGGAAAGACGGGGGAGCAGUGAUAGACCUCCAAGUGUCGCAAAUACUUUACCAAGCACCACUUCAAGUCAAGAGGAGGGUCACACGAACGCCCAGUACUCUCCGAUGAUGAUACAAACGGCGCCGACGCCGACACCAUAUGCGUCUUCUCAUCAUCCCCUACCUUCGCCGCCUAGUCCGCAGACAUUACUGCCUCCCAUCGGUCCACCACCGACGACGAAGCUGCCUGCGAUCCCACAACCACCGUCCGCACCGGCGCCACAGAUGAAGAGGUGGCUAGGCGGAGGACGUCCGGUUGGAAAGUGGAACAAACUCCGCAAGGAUCCGGAGCUGUGGGAUCCCAACGGGGAUGUCCUCAUCUUUCUCGGUCGCAAAGGCCAGAAGUUACCGAGCUUCCGUCUAUCGUCACACAUCAUCGAGGGCACCGGGAGUCGCCCACUCAUCACGAUGUUGCGUGAAGGAUCGACGGAAGAAGAUAUACCUCCACCUCUCUCACCAGGCGAUGGAUCUUACGGUGCAAAUCUUGGUCGAGGUUUCGCCGAUGAGCCACUUACACCACCCGCCUCUGAAGGCACCAGUAUUGGGGAUUUUGAAGGCCAAAUCUCAUAUGAGAUGUACUUCCCCCCUCCUCGGAACCUUGGCCGAAUCGAAGAGCUUCGACACCAAAUCACCACCCGCAACGUCUUCGCGAUGCUAUGCCAUGCCUCAAUCGUCGGUCUCUCCUUGCAACAGGCGCUUUCGGACCUUCAUGUACGUCUCGACACUUACAUGCCCCCGUACAACGACAACGUUGGCCAAAUAGUGCGGUACAUUCGCAGUCGCGCCCUAGAUGAUGUGAGAUGUAGCCCUGCAACGGCAGUGUCGCUCCUCAUCUGGGCGGAAGGGAAGGACGUGAGAUGGGCAGACGGCUGGAGGCAGUGUUUCACGCAUUGCACGGGCAUGUUCCCGAGUGUCGAGAUGUGUAAGGACUACAAGUCCCUGACACCAAUCUCCAGAGCUCUUUUGGAGAAGGCGAGCCUGGAGAUGCAAGACCGUGUUAACGCCGCGGAGGAACGCCUGGCUGGUUUUGAGUACGACGAUAUGUGGACGCACUACGGAGAAGCUGGCCAGGCGAGGGGUGCAGCUGAGAGACUCAGAGAAAUGCUGUACUGCCACUAUCAGCAAGUAUACGGAUCCUGGCCACCUUCACCCCUGGCACGAUCUAGAAAUCAGUCUGUUACUUCAGAGACCAGCACUGAAGAAGACACAUGGCUCACACGCUCGCUGGUGAGGGCGUUACAAAAGGAUUUCGGCGCGUUGUACGAUUUCCUCGUCAACCGGGAUAUUGUCUGGGACGUUUCGGAGGCGCGAUCGGGACGGAAGUGGAUGAUGGUACCGGAGAACCGCAGCAGCAUGUUUGAAGCAGACACUGAUGAAGUGCCAAUGACGGACAUGUUGAUCGAGUUUGACAACAAGCAUCGGUUCCCACAUAUCCCGCAUCCGUACCCUCUGCUCCCCGAGUCCAUAUCGCCGUUGGAAAUGCCAUCCCGAGGGAAGAGGUCUGAGACCCCCAGUGGAGGCCGCAUGGGAGCGCUGGAGAGAAGAGUGCAACUUGCUUACACAGAGAGCACAAACAUCUUCAAGUUGGGAAGCGAGUUUGCUGCCAACAAGCUCGUUGAGGCGUUCCAACGGUUUGAGAAGAGUGGCCGAGCCGAUGAUGUAGAUCCUGCGAGGGCGCGACGAGGCCGAUGGGUGCUUAUCUACGGAAUCUUGCAGACGCUGGCGUCCGUCUCUGUGGAUGACGAGAUGGUGCUACACACUGAUCGGGUCGAAUACCAUCUGAGUCCAAGGCUGACGGGAGCGAGAAUACCACCAUGGAAGGGCGGAGACGGUGAUAGAAUUGGACAAGGAUCGCACGAGAGGUCGUACUGCUGGGUUGCAGACGAGAAAUGGGAGACAGAUGAGGAUGAUGGACCGAGGGAGGUGCGGGGAUGGAGAGGAACCGGGGCAGCGGGUGAUGUGAGUCCGGUGCUGGGUGGGUCUCUUAGCCCGGGACCCGGGACACCAUGGAGGAAAAGUCCGGACAGACGAGGAGGAAGAGAAGAGAGGUAA